AUGUCUGGUGAAGAACUUCAAGGCCAGGAAAUCACAAUCACUCAGACGAUGCCAAACCAGGAAAAUAUGAGACCAUGUCCUGGUGGUCCUCCUAUACUUUCCAAAAAGUCUCGGACACAGAAACGAGAUGAGGAGGAGAUGGCUAUUUUAAAAGAUAUAGCUACUUCAAUGAAUCAAAAAUCUGGGAAACAAAAGGAUGAUGAAGCAAAUGAAUGUGAAAGAUUUGGGCAAUAUGUAUCCAAAAGCCUUGAUAAAUGUGAUGGAAAAAGCAGAAGUAUUUGUAAAAAUAUGAUACAGAAUGCAAUUUUUCAAUGUGAGAUGGGUGUACCACAGUCACAAACAAGUCAACAUAUUUCUGCAAGCCCACCAAGUUCACUUCAUCUGUCAUGGUGA